UGCUCACACCCGGGAUGGGCGGUGCCUCUUUGGCAGCGACUCUAUUCAAUAUGGAGUACAGAAAAUAGCCAGAUUCACACAGCAUUGUAGUGUUCUCAUUCAGAUUUAGGUCACUCCUGACAGUCAGGCUCAACUUAAGAACUCAACCCCAUGAAUACCAGCACAGAGGACUCGCUCAUCAUCCGGUGGACGAUUAGAAUACACCCAGUUAAGGCGAAAAUAACAAGUUGUGCCGACCGGCGGGUUAGCGGUUUAAAGGGAGCACCACUUCAGUCUGCUAACUUGUAACUUAGAAUGCACAAUGCAACGAGUGUCUCAGUCUCUCUGGGGUCCAUGGGACUGUUGCGUCUCUUCGGGGUGUCCUGGCCCUGGAGUGUGGCAGCAGGCCUUGGGGUAUAUCUAGGCACAAGAAGCUGGAAAUUCUUAUACAUUGCAACACGUACUGCCAAGAGAGACCUUAAUGGCCUGUAUGUGCUUUUGAGAGUGAAGCUGGCUUUAUGGCGUUACAUGCACAGUGGAAGCAAUAUUGUUUCCAUCUUCGCCCAGACAGUAAAACGCCACCCAAAUAAACCAGCACUAAUCUAUGAGACAACGGGGGAAACAUGGACCUUCACCCAGCUGGAUGAGCUGUCUAAUGCAGUAGCCCACUGGGCAAGAGGUCAAGGCUUGGUACCUGGGGAUGUGGUGGCCAUCUUCAUGGAAAGCAGACCAUUACAGGUGGCGCUUUGGCUGGGUUUGGCCAAGGUGGGCGUGGAAGCUGCACUCAUCAACUUCAACCUCCGCCAUGAUUCACUCCUGCACUGUAUUGGGGUGUCAGGGUCACGAGCUAUUGUGUUUGGAGCCGAGCUUGCUGAUGCUGUGUUGGAUGUCAGCUCCUCCAUUACCCACUCCAUGGUAUGGUUUUGUACAGGAGACCUCAGUACAGAACGUCUGACUUAUCUGGGUGCUCAACCUCUGGACCCAAUUUUAGCCUCUUCCUCUAAACAUCCACCUUUACCUUGUGUUCCCCCCAAAGGCAUGAAUGACCAUCUGUUUUAUAUUUAUACCUCUGGCACCACUGGACUACCCAAGGCUGCCAUUGUUGUACACAGUCGUUACUACCGAAUCGCUGCUUUUGGGUAUUUUGCCUUUCGCAUGCGCCCUGAUGACAUCAUCUAUGACUGCCUGCCUCUCUAUCACUCAGCAGGUAAUAUCAUGGGAGUUGGUCAGUGUCUGAUCCAUGGCCUCACUGUGGUAGUGAAGAAGAAAUUCUCUGCCAGCCGAUUCUGGGAAGAUUGCAUUAAGUACAACUGCACUGUGGUGCAGUAUAUCGGGGAAAUCUGCCGUUACCUCCUGUCUCAGCCAGUACGGCCAUCAGAAAAGGGCCACAAAGUCCGACUGGCAGUGGGGAAUGGGUUGCGCCCCAGUGUGUGGGAGGCCUUCACAGAGCGUUUUGGGGUUGCACAGAUUGGCGAGUUCUAUGGAGCAACUGAAUGCAACUGUAGCAUUGCCAACAUGGAUGGCAAGGUGGGAGCCUGUGGAUUUAAUAGUCGCAUUCUCCCCAAUAUGUACCCCAUCCGUUUGGUGAAGGUGAAUGAAGACAGCAUGGAGCUGGUUCGAGACAGCCAGGGCCUCUGUGUUUCUUGCUCCCCUGGGGAGCCAGGGCUUCUGGUGGGUCGUAUCAACCAGCAGGACCCAUUACGGCGCUUUGAUGGUUACGCUAACAAGGACGCUACACAGAAGAAGAUUGCUCACAAUGUCUUCAAGAAAAAUGAUUCUGCAUAUAUAUCAGGUGAUGUGCUGGUGAUGGAUGAACUGGGCUAUAUGUACUUCCGAGACCGCAGUGGAGACACAUUUCGCUGGAAAGGAGAAAAUGUCUCCACCACCGAGGUGGAGGGUAUACUGAGCAAUCUUCUGGGUCAGACUGAUGUGGCUGUGUAUGGUGUAGCAGUGCCAGGUGUGGAAGGUAAGGCAGGCAUGGCUGCCAUUGCAGACUCUACAGGGUGUUUCGACUGCAACGAUUUCUUGCAGAAAGUCCAGCGAGGUCUUCCUCCGUAUGCUCGCCCUGUCUUUCUGCGAAUCUCUCCACGAGUAGACACAACAGGUACAUUUAAAAUCCAGAAAACCAGGCUACAGAGGGAGGGAUAUGACCCGCGCCUCACAACUGACCAGAUCUACUUAUUGAACACUAGAGCUGCACGGUAUGAGGCUGUAGAUGAGAGGCUGUACAAUGCUAUAACAGAGGGAAGAAUGCCUCUGUGACAUGGGAGGUCAUAGCAGGGCAGUCAUGGUGCCUCAGUUAUACAAAUGCUGAGAAAAGAUAACACAUGCACAUGUGGUGUCAGGAUCAGUCAUUCUCAGUUUGCCAUCUGCCUUGACUUUAACUGUCCAGGGAACAGAGCCAAGAAGACUACUUAGACAGCUGCAGAUGACAUUUUAACAGUGUAUAAGUAACUCGCCAUAACUUAACAUGAGGGAAGUUAUUCCCUUUAAUAACUUUUUAGUUUUUAAAUGAACACCUCAGAAUGCCUUUGAGCAUCACCUCACAUAGAAUGGGUAACUCCCACAACCCAUUUGACAUAGGAACAUUUUACAGUAAUAUGGUUAGGAGAACAGAGGUCCUAUCAAGUCAAACUGUUUUAAAGGGUGUAUACCAAUUUAUGAAUUAUGCUGCAAGACUAGCUUAAGCUAUACUUCAGUGUGAAGCUAAUGGAGUGGUUGCUGUGUGUAUGGAUGAAACUGCAAAGCCAGAUUUCAACAUGAAUUACUUCAUCAUGUACUUACUAGAUCAAACACUAACUAAAUUCUUUCAAAUGCAAUGGAAAACUAAUCUCACUUACCACAUUUGAGCUUCUGAACAGCACUGUCAUGGGUUUGCAGUAUACACAUGCGUUGUUACUGUAUGUGCCUUAUAUAAAACUCCACAUCUGUGUUUCAUGGAUUUAUACAUUUUUUUGGAAAGGAGCUCAAAAGAAUGUGGAAAUCACUAGUCAUUUGGGGUCAUGCAAAGCUAAGUCACACACAGUGAAUGCCAUUUUUUGUAACAAAGUUUGUGUAGUGUAGAAACAUAGGUGUUAAACAUUGUGAAGCUAUUUACAGACUACAUUUUUGUUUGUUUU